CCCGGCGGCUCCCGCCCGGCGCCGCGGCGGGGCGCGCAGGCGCGGCGCUGCGGGGGAGGGGAGCGCUGAUGCAAGAGGCGAGCGCGGCGGUCGCAGGCGAGGGCUGGCCGCGUCCCUGAGCCCCGCCGCUCCCCGCUCCCGUCCUCUCCUCUCCUCCUUCUCCUCGUCCCGCUCCGCUCCCGGCCGCAGCCAUGUCGGGCGACGAGAUGAUUUUUGAUCCCACUAUGAGCAAGAAGAAGAAGAAAAAGAAGAAGCCAUUUAUGUUGGAUGAGGAGGGAGGAGAUACACAAACAGAAGAGACUCAGCAGUCAGAAACAAAAGAAGUUGAACCAGAGCCAACAGAAGACAAAGAUGUUGAAGUGGAUGAAGAAGACAGCAGGAAGAAAGAUGCAACAGAUGACUUGGAUGAUUUAAACUUCUUCAAUCAAAAGAAAAAGAAGAAGAAGCCAAAGAAGAUAUUUGAUAUAGAUGAAGCAGAAGAAGGUGUAAAGGACUUAAAAAUUGAGGGAGAUGUGCCAGAGGUAGUAGAACCUGAAGAUGACCUUGAUAUCAUGCUGGGCAACAAGAAGAAGAAGAAAAAGUAUGUGAAGUUUCCAGAUGAAGAUGAAAUAAUGGAGAAGGAUGAAGCUUUUGAAGAUGAAGAUAGCAAAAAAGAUGAUGGAAUUUCUUUUAGUCUUCAGUCAGGACCUGCGUGGGCAGGCUCAGAAAGGGACUAUACAUAUGAUGAGUUACUCAAUAGGGUAUUUAACAUCAUGCGGGAAAAAAAUCCAGAUAUGGUAGCUGGAGAAAAACGGAAAUUUGUCAUGAAGCCUCCGCAGGUUGUAAGAGUAGGGACCAAGAAAACAUCUUUUGUCAACUUUACAGAUAUCUGCAAAUUAUUACAUCGUCAGCCAAAACAUCUCCUGGCGUUUUUGUUGGCAGAAUUGGGUACAAGUGGCUCAAUAGAUGGUAACAACCAACUUGUAAUCAAAGGAAGAUUCCAGCAAAAACAGAUAGAAAAUGUCUUGAGAAGAUAUAUCAAGGAAUAUGUCACCUGUCAUACAUGUCGGUCACCAGACACAAUCCUACAGAAGGACACCAGAUUAUAUUUCUUGCAGUGUGAGACCUGCCACUCUCGCUGUUCCGUCGCCAGCAUCAAAACUGGUUUCCAGGCUGUCACAGGCAAGAGAGCACAGCUCCGUGCCAAAGCUAACUAGUUUGCUAAUCAACACUGGAUUUUGCAAAGUGUUCUGGGGAGAUAUGACUGGACAGGUUUACAAUCGGAAUGGAUUUACCAUUGUAUUAAAACAAGAUUGUAAAAACUACAAGAAAUUUGGCUUUUGAUUGAUUGGUCUGUGAAAUCCUUGCAAGAUGCAGAUCCUCAAGCUGUUCACAUACAUUUGCUCAUUGAAUAUAUUUUACCAACUAUAAGGAACGUGAUGGGAAAGGAGGUGCUUUUUAAUCCAUUCAGACUUCUGUAAAACACAAGAUAAAUUAAAGAUACUGUAACAGUGA